UUAUUAGGAUCCCCAUUAGCUACUGGACUUAGCUAAAAUAACAGACCGAGACUGAACCAUUGUUACAGACAAACAAGACAGCUCCUGGUAAUACAAUCAUUAAGAUGUGUGCUUUCCAUGAUCUCAUUUGGCAAGUAACCUCCAGUUUGGGGCUAAAUUUUACCCUGAUUACCUGAUUACGCUUCAUUAUUAUAAUAUAAGGCCAAGUAUUUACAUAAUACUAUACAUUCACAUUUGUAUGUUUCCAUACACACAAUACAUGUGUGUUAAAAGGAACAGUUGUAUGAAUCAUAUUGUAUAGGUCCCCUCUCAUUGUAGUUUCCUUUGGAAAACAUGAUUAGCAUACUAACAGAAAACAAUCACCAAUUAAAUGUCCCUGCACCACGAACAAUGACAGACCCUUCACAUCCUGAGACACACGUCACAGUCAAACUUACCUUUGAUAUUAAUUCAUUUGGCUCUGACAGCUAUACUUUUGCCUGUUUUAUGGAUAAGCUAAGUCUUUGUCAAAAGGUGCUGCAGAAGAAUUUUAAAUCUACAGUAAGUCAUAAAUUUGAGAUACUAAUUGAUUUUAUUUAGUCAUAAUUUUGAUUUACAAAAUCGGCAUUAACUUAGUUCUGAUAAUUUUUUUAAAUAUAAUUGUUAAUCAUUUUUCAGUGUUUCCAAACUCACUGACAACUCAAGACACCAUAAAUAAAAGAGCUGAGUAAUAAUAAAUGAUGUUAAUCAUCAUGUGUCAGUAAACCUCAGCUCAGUCUCUCCUCACUGGCGCGCUUUAUGCUAAUCACCUCCAGUCCUGCGCGCACGAGCCGUUUGGAGAGCUGAGCGCGCGCCAGCAGUUUCCAGCUGCGCUCGUGAACCCGUUAGUUUCUCCUCCGGUCGGUCCGUCGGUUCUCUCUCCGGCCCCGGGUCUCGUCUCCUCCCCGCUCUGCUCAGCAGUUUAUCGGCCUGUAUCCAGUUUAUUCCCCCGGCCCUGCUGCCUCCUCCUCCGGACUGAAACUCUCCGCAGCUCCGGCUCUGACCUCCGGAUCCUGCUGCUGCUCGGUCCGCUCGGUUCUUCCGCUUCUCCGUCAGAAGUUCCUGCUUUAAGUUUGUUCUCCAGUGUCGGUCGGUGUACCUCCGGUUCCCCCGCUGACAGCUGCUGCAGCUUCGGUACUAACCGUCACUUUGGACCCGGUUCUCCUCCAUCUGCUCCCUUGUUCUCUUUUAAAGUUUUCAGACCCGGUUCUCCGGUCCUGUCGGGUCGGUAGCCUUCUUCCUGGUCCUGUUCCCACGGUAACGGUUGCAGACAUGGGUUGGAGUGUCCCGGUUCUGCUGUCAGUACUCUGUAUUGGACUCACGACGGGAGUACCGGACGGACCGGACGUUCAAGUAAUCGACAUGUUGACUCUUCAGGACCCGAAGCAGACCGUAGCAGCUGUGGAGAAGCUGUCGGCCGGUCUGAGCGCGCUCAGUGACAUCUAUGUGGUUUCCACGUUUCGGCUGCCGGCGAAGUUGGGCGGCGUCCUGAUGGGCCUCUACAGCAAACAGGACAACAGGAAGUACCUGGAGGUCGCCGUCAUGGGGAAGAUCAAUAAAGUCCUGGUGCGUUAUGUGCGAGCAGACGGGAAGAUCCACACCGUUAACCUGCAGAACGCUCACCUGGCAGAUGGACGGACGCACUCCAUCAUCCUGAGGCUCGGCGGGCUUCAGCGUGACAACAUGAACAUGGAGCUCUACGUCAACUGCCGACUGGCCGACUCCAGUCAGGGCCUGCCCUCGUUGGUCCCUCUGCCCAGAGAGGCGGAUAUGGUGGAGAUCAGACACGGACAGAAGGCCUACGCCCGACUACAGGGUGCAGUGGAGUCCCUCAGACUGGCUCUAGGAGGCACUGUUGCUAAAGCUGGAGCUCUGACGGACUGUCCUUUCCAAGGAGACUCUUCAGCCUACAACACAGUGAGUGGGGAGGUGAACUCCAUCCUGGGUGACCACACCAAGGCUCUGAUCGGUCAGCUCAUCAUCUUCAAUCAGAUCCUGGGAGAACUGCGGCAGGACAUCAGAGAACAGGUGAAAGAGAUGUCUCUGAUCAGAAACACCAUCCUGGAGUGUCAGGUUUGUGGUUUCCAUGAGCCUCGCUCUCGCUGCUCUCCUAACCCCUGCUACAAGGGCGUGUCCUGCAUGGAGAGUCUGCACUACCCUGGAUACACCUGUGGACCCUGCCCGCCUGGGACCACCGGCAACGGGACGCACUGUCACGACAUCAACGAGUGUGAGCUGCAGCCAUGUUUCUCUCCUGAAGCCUGUGUGAACACUGUGGGGGGGUUCACCUGUAAGCCCUGUCCUCCUGGACUGUGGGGGGCGCCGCUCGCUGGAACCGGACUGGACUACGCCAAGACACACAGACAGGACUGUGUAGAUAUCGAUGAGUGUUUAGAUCUCCCAGACGCCUGUGUAUCAAACUCUGUGUGCAUCAACACUGUGGGGUCAUACAAGUGUGGAGGCUGCAAACCUGGAUUCAUUGGUAACCAGACAUCAGGGUGCUUCCCCAGGAAGUCGUGUGCUGCGUUGACCUUUAACCCCUGUGACUCCAACGCCCACUGCGCCAUGGAGAGGAACGGAGAGGUCGCCUGCAGGUGUAACGUGGGUUGGGCUGGUAAUGGUAACACAUGUGGACAAGACACAGACAUCGACGGGUAUCCUGACCGCUCUCUGCCCUGUAUGGACAACGACAAACACUGCAAACAGGACAACUGUGUGUUCACACCAAACUCUGGUCAGGAGGAUGCCGACAACGACGGGAUCGGAGAUCAGUGUGACGAGGACGCAGAUGGAGACGGCAUCAAAAAUGUGGAGGAUAACUGCCGGCUGGUCCCCAACAAAGACCAGCAGAACUCAGACAGCGACUCGUUCGGAGACGCCUGUGAUAACUGUCCCAACGUCCCCAACAGCGACCAGAAGGACACCGACAGCAACGGACAGGGAGACGCUUGUGACCAGGACAUCGACGGAGACGGUAUUCCAAACGUCCUGGAUAACUGCCCGAAGGUACCGAACCCGAUGCAGACGGACAGAGACAGAGACGGAGUCGGAGACGCCUGUGACAGCUGUCCUGAACUCAGCAACCCCAUGCAGACGGACAUCGACAACGACCUGGUGGGAGACGUCUGUGACACCAACCAGGACACGGACGGAGACGGUCUCCAGGACAGCAGAGACAACUGUCCAGACAUCCCCAACAGCUCCCAGCUAGACUCUGAUAACGACGGCCUUGGAGACGACUGCGACCACGACGACGACAACGAUGGCGUCCUUGACGACUACGACAACUGCCGACUCAUCGUCAACCCCAACCAGAAAGACUCUGACGCUAACGGUGUUGGGGACGUCUGUGAGGACGACUUUGAUAAUGAUACAGUGAUGGAUUUGAUUGACGUGUGUCCGGAGAGCGCUGAGGUCACUCUGACAGACUUCAGAGCCUAUCAGACGGUCAUCCUGGACCCAGAGGGCGACGCCCAGAUCGAUCCCACCUGGGUGGUUCUUAACCAGGGUAUGGAGAUCGUCCAGACGAUGAACAGUGACCCGGGGUUAGCUGUGGGCUACACGGCGUUUAACGGCGUCGACUUCGAGGGAACGUUUCACGUCAACACGGUAACCGACGACGACUACGCCGGCUUCAUCUUUGGGUACCAGGACUCCUCGAGUUUCUACGUGGUGAUGUGGAAACAGACGGAGCAGUCGUACUGGCAGACAAUCCCCUUCAAAGCCAUGGCCCAGCCGGCCCUGCAGCUCAAGGCGGUGAAGUCUCGGACUGGACCAGGACAGUUCCUGAGGAACGCCCUGUGGCACACCGGAGACACACCUGGAGAGGUGAAGCUGCUCUGGAAGGAUCCACGAAACUUAGGCUGGAAGGACAAAACCUCAUACCGCUGGCAGCUCAGCCACCGACCGCAGGUGGGCUACAUCAGGAUGAAGCUUUUUGAGGGGACAAACAUGGUGGCUGACUCUGGCAUAGUGAUCGACACCACGAUGAGAGGAGGCCGGCUCGGUGUCUUCUGUUUCUCCCAGGAAAACAUCAUCUGGUCCAACCUACGCUACAGGUGUAACGACACGGUGCCUGAAGACUUCCAGACUCAUCGUAAACAAGUUAUGAUGCACAUUCAGGUGUGAGAGCUGCAGAGGAGCAACACACACACACGCACACACACGCACACACACACACACACACACACACACACACACACACAGCCUGAGCUUCUUUGAAUCCACCAAUAACUGUAGUCUGUGUUUGUGUGUGUGCUCAAUGAGAGGAAGAUGGAUGACAGGUGUCAGAGAAACACCGACGAGACGCACCUGAGCGCUCGGUGCUGCAGGUGUGAAAGGUGUCGGUGUGUUUCUCUGCUCAGUUUCUCCACACAAACUUUAACUCUCCAUGUUUAAAAAGACAAACAUAUGAAAACAGUCAAAGUUGUGACUGCUGUAAACACAUCUGAAGAAAGAGUCCAGUCUGAUGUCACGCUAAAUAAUUUUUUAUUUGUCUUCAGGACAUUUCAGACUCAGAUAACUUCAGUUUAACUGAAGUACAAACAACAAAGUGAUAAGCUAAAGUUACAGAGACUCUUUGGUUCAGAUGGGGGGUAGAAAACAGUGGAAUAUUCCUUUUACAUGUUUCUGUGUGUGUUCUCAAAUGUACAUAUCUUUGUUGAAAUAAACUCCGUCCACGACUUUUCUUAAAAAUGAUGAUUUUGUUUCUCAUGGUUUUUACACCAUAAACUCUCUGACGCCUUCAGUAACAUGCUCAUGUGUCCAUGUUCACCAUCAGAGCUUAGCCCGUUAGCA